UCAUAAUCAAAAUAUAUUCCUUAAAUAUAUUAUCUUUUCGAAUUCCAGAUGUAUUAAGAGAAUGAAAAUGAAGAUUAAUUAUUUGAAUCAAAUCAGUAUAGACACGAUUCAUCGAGAAAUUAAUAUGGAGAAUCAGCUUAAGUCAAUUAUAGCUAAAACAACUAGUACUAAAACAAUUAAUAGUCUUAAAUAAUGAAAAUAAACAAUGAAUAACUACCCUUUAAUUUAGCAGUAAAACGUUAAAAUAUUAGUAGGAUCUUCCUAAUCCAUCAGCUGAUGGUAUUGUCGAUCACCUAAAGAAUACUUUCAACUAAAAGUAAAUUUAUAUAGAAUUCGGAUACAAAACUUUAGUAUCGCUCAAUCCAUAUGAAGACACUGGCCAUUUGGGUGAUUGUUAAAUUUAAAAUUGGAAAAAUAAAUUCCUUCAAAAAAGUUAAAUUAUUAAUUUAAUAUUAAUAGAUGAUCCUUAAUAUUUUCCAUCACAUAUCUAUAAAGUAGCUUAACUUGCUUUUUAGUCCUGCUUUUCAGAGAAUAAUGAAUACAAAACAUCAUCUAUUAUAGCCUAAGGAAUUAGUGGAUCAGGUAAAACAGAAGCUACUAAAAGUAUUAUAAGCUACAUAGCAGCUGAAUCUGAAAGUGGAUCAUUUAAAUCUAAAAACCUUCAAAAAGCAGAGAUUGAAGAAAGAUUAGUUUCUUCGAGUCUCAUUUUUGAAGCUUUCGGAAAUGCAAAGACUAAAACAAACCCUAAUUCAUCUAGGUUUGGAGAAAUUGUUUCAGUUCAAUUUAAUAAAUAAGAAAAAUUAGUUGGUGCAAAUAUUUCUACCACACUAUUUGAAAGAAUUCGAGUCACAUAAAAAGGUUAUAUGGAUAGAAACUAUCAUAUAUUCUAUUAACUAAAAGCUGCUUAUUAGAGAAUUCAAGAAUUAAGUAAAAAUAAUCUAAAACAUAAUAGAAAAUUUUGCUUCACAAGUGUAAAUUAAUUAUAACAUUCUUAAAUUAGUAGAGGAAAUUAAAAGCUUUUAACUUGAUUCUGAAUUCCUACUUUUGAGUAUUCAAACUUAACAUACAUCAAGUUUUGAUGAAUUAUCUAUCCAAUAAAAAGAGAAAAAACAAGCUGAUUUAGAUUUUGAAAAUUUCAAAGAACUUCUAUAAUCUUUUGGAACUCUUAACUUUAGUUUAGAAGAUAUUAUAAAUAUACUUUAAUGUGUUGCUGGGCUUAUUCAUUUAAAAGAAGAUAAUUAUGAAAAAGCUGAGUAAUUAUUAAAAAUACCAAAUCUCAAAGAAACCAUAAAUUCUAACAUUACUAACUAAUUUUAAAGUAAAAAACUGUAAGCCGAAUCUAUCAUUAAUGGCAUAAUUAUGGAUUUCUAUUAUAAACUGUUUAUUUGGAUUCAAAAUAAAGUCAAUUAAGAUCUUUCUAAAGAGUAUAAUCCAAAUAAGAAAUUUAUAAUAAAUUUUUUUGAUAGCUUUGGAUUUGAGGUCAUCGAAAAUGAAUUAGGAAUUUAACAAAAUCAAUUAGAAUAGUUGAUACUCAACUAUAUUAAUGAAAAGUUAUAGAAUUAUUUUUACAUUCAAGUUAUUCAAAAUUCAGCAGGUAAUUCUAUAUUAUUCAUCUUUAGAAAUAUUUACUUCUGAAAAUCUAUAACCAAUUUCUGCUGAUUUUGAGAAAAAUGAUAGAAUAAUCACAUUGAUAGAAGAUGUAUUCUUUACAAGUUUAAGGGAUUGUCAUCUAUUAUAAAGAAAUACUGAAAAUUUAAAAGAAAUAAUUAUAAAAAAGUCUUAUGAAAAUUGUCUUCAAGCUUAUUUGAUAGAUGAAAAUUAGUUGAAGACAAAAAAACAAAACUUAACAAAAAGUUAAAAUAAACACAAAUUUGAAUAAAAUAUAUUAGGUAUCAGACAUACAGGAGGAGAAGUUUAUUAUUAAAUGGAGGGUUUUUUAACUCGAAAUAAAUAUAGUGUAAGUGAGAAUCUAUAAAAUAUAAAUAAAAUAAGUUAGAAUUCAAUAAUUAAUAAGUUCGAACUAUAAUCUUAAAAUCAAACUGUAUCUGAUCAUACUUUGAUAGUUACUAAAGAGAUGAUUUAAAGUUUUAAAUAAUCUGAUACAUGGUUUAUAAAAUGUUUGUAAACUAAUAAUUUAUGGCAACCAAAUUUUUUUGAUCAAAAUUGCAUAUUAACACAAUUAAAAUAAAGUGGAAUAGAUUAGAUUAUGUAGUUUUAAUCUUAAACUUAUUACUUAAGUAUACCUAAUUAAGAAUUUUUUGAUAAUUAUCGAAGUCUUUGUUCUGAUAUAGAUAAUGAAUAGAACUUGAUAGUGUACUUAAAUUAAUAAUAUAAAGAUUUAAAUCAAUAAAUAUAUCAUGGGUAAAGGAAAACUUUGAUUAAAAGUAAUUUUAAGAAAAUACUUGAUAAUAGAAUAGAAAAUUAAUAAAUUUAACCUUAUUUGAGAACAUAAAUAAAUGUAUAAAAUUAAGAGUUAUAAGAUAAUUACUAAAAAUAACUAAAAACAUUUACUGAAAAACUUAAAAUUAGUGAGGAAGAGGCUAAAUUUUAGAAAGAGAGAGCAGACGCUCUAUAAGAUAAAUUAAAUAAAUUAGAAGAAUAUACUUAAAAUAUGCAAAUCCUUUUAACUUAAAUUUCAAAAGUAUUUAAUAUGCCAUAAUAAUAAUAAUAAUAAUAAUAAUAAUAAUAAUAAUAAUAGUAAUCAUAAUCAUUAUAUUAAUAAUUCUAAUUUGAAUAAUUGGUUAUGAUUCAUGAUGAAACUUUUGGUCAAAACAAUAAUAAUCAAAACACUAUUGGAUAAUAAAAUGAUGAUUAAGGAAAAAAUUAGGAAUUCGGAAAAAUUGAGUGA